AUGACGCAGGAACCGGGAAAGAUGCAAGGUGCCAAGAAAAAGGAUCAGUUGGAAGAAGGCCUUGGCACAGACAAAUUGGACGUAGAGAAAAUCAGUAAAAUAACCCCCUAUGUGAAAACAAUUCCAAGUGCCAUGACGAAGUUCAAAAAUCUCCAAGUAGAGAAAAAGCUUGAUUUGCCAAGUCACCCAGAUUUAUCAGAUCCAAAACAUAGUGCUUCCCUGGAGGGGCCAUUUGGCUUGGGACCUCUAGUUUUUCCUUCUCUUCAACGUUUCAACAACAUUGACUUCUUCCUGUUUUUGUACUUUUUGUUGGUCGUAGCUCAUGGUAUUGCAUUUGCUAUGGUUGAUCUGAGUUUUAAACAUUUGGAGAAGAAAUUUUCUCUGUCAGAGGAAGAAAAAUACAUAAUGGAUUUCAGUGAUUAUCAUGCAUCCUUCCUGGUAGCAAUAAUUGUGGCAUACUAUGGAAGCAGAGGGAACAGAUCAAAAUGGUUGGCAGGUGCUGCCUUCAUGUUAACAAUUGCAUCAACUAUUUUUGCUGCCAUUUUCUACAAGUAUGAAUUUAUAAGACCGGUAGAAGAAAGUGAAGAGUUGUGCAUAGAAGAAGCAGACAGGACAAUGACAGACUGUGGUGGAGUAUGGAUACCAUACAGAUCAAAAUUUAUCUAUCUCUUCGUCUUCGCACAGUGUCUCCAUGGAGUGUCAGGGAUGCCUCUUUAUAUCCUUGGCGUGACCUUCCUUUACGAUCAUGUUCCCACAUUAUCCGCUGGCCUCUAUCUAGCUAUCAGUGAUGCUGCACAAGUACUGGGAUACACGAUGGGUUUUGCAAUAGGAGCACGUGGUGCUAAACGUUCUCAGAAUGAAACUUUGAGACAGAAAGUAAAUGAUAACUUUCAACGUUGGCAGAAAAAUUGGUGGAGUUGUUUUUUUUCAAUUGCUGUACUCUCAUUUUGUACAUUCUUACCACUCUUAUGUUUUCCACCUUGGUUACCCGGUGCACACAAGAUAAGUCUUGAGAAAGAAAAGGAACCUCGCUCCUUUGACAGGAGACUUAAAAAUAAGGAAUUUGGACCUAAUUUGAAGGAUUUGUUUCGUGCUCUUAAGUGUCUGUUGAGGAACCCGCUGCUGAUAUGCUUCUCCCUGUGCAAAUCCACAGAGUCCCUCACUUUUAAGGGAGCUUCGAAAUUUGUGCCCAAAUAUUUAGAAAAUCAGUUUUUGUUAACACCCUCACUUGCCACUAUGCUCACAGGAAUUAUUAUCCUUCCAGGAAGUGCAGUUGGCCAUUUUGUGGGAGGUUUAAUUGUUGACAGACUGGAGAUGUCUUGUAAGAACAAAAUAAGAUUCAUAGUUGUGACAUCUACUGUAGCACUCGUGCUUUUUAUGUUGAUCCUUUUUGUAGAGUGCGAAACAGUGGAAUUUGCUGGAAUCAAUGAAGAUUAUGAUGGGUCAGGUAUAUUUGGAAACCUGACAGCUCCCUGCAAUGUACAGUGUGGUUGCUCAAGCUCCAUUUACGCUUCUGUAUGUGGAAGAGAUGACAAGGAGUAUUUCUCUCCCUGCUUUGCAGGCUGCAAGGCUUCUAAAUACUUACAAAAUGAAAAGACAUACUACAAUUGUUCUUGCAUCAAAGAAGGAUUGACAACUGCAGACACCGAGGGUGACUUUGUUGACGCCAUUUCUGGAAAAUGCAACAUGAAGUGUCACACGUUACCUUUGUUUUUUGCUUUUUUCUUUUGUUCAAUAAUUUUUUCUAAUUUGUCUAGCAUACCUGUCACCUUGACUAUCCUCCAAAAUUCACCUCCCAAUUUAAAUUCACUGAGCAUGGGUGUGACCUAUACAAUUUGGAGAAUAAGUGGAUCCAUCCCUGGACCACUAAUUUUUCACAUAUCAAUACAAGAGUCUUGCAUUUACUGGAACUUUAAUAAAUGUGGAAGGAAAGGACGUUGUUGGAUCUACAAUAAGUCAAAAAUGACCUACAUAUUGAUGGGACUAUGUCUUGUUUUCCAAGCAGCCUCAGCCUUUUUUGGUCUCAUUGCACUUUGCAAAUAUGAUAGUGUGGUAAUGAAAAGCACUGAGAGUCUGGUCCAGCCUGUAAAGAAAGUAAAAGAAGGAGAAGAAGAAAAAGUUUAA